AUGGCGGAAUCCACAACAGAUGAACACCGCCCAGAAGGCUAUGACGAGGACUUUGUGGAAGCCGUUGAUGAAGAUUUGCAAUGUUUGAUAUGUCAUUUACUCCUUAAAGAGCCAAUUCAAACGAGAUGUGGCCACAGAUUUUGCAAAGAUUGCCUUGAGGAAUACAUCACAAGGCAUCGAAGGGAAGGUCAGUCUAUAAUUUGUCCGGCAGACAGACAGAGUCUGAACCAAGACCGGGAUGUUUUUCCCGACAAAGCUACAGAAAGGAAAAUUCUUUCAUUGAUAAUCAAAUGUCCAAGUGACGGCUGUGGAUGGACUGGGGAACUGAGGAACAAGGAGGUUCACCUAGAAUCAUGUUCUUUCAUGCUCUUGGUGUGUGACCAUUUUUCCUGUGGAGCAAAAGUGCAAAGAAAACAUCUUGAAAAACACCAACUUUUUGAGUGUCCCUGGAGAAUCCUUUACUGUGAAUACUGUAGCGAGCCCCACCCAGAAUGCCAAAUGCAGGAUCAUAUCCAAAAGUGCAGCGGGUUCCCAGUAACUUGUCCAAACAGCUGUGGUCGUUCAAUUCCUAGAAGAAUGGUUUCAACUCACACUGAAGACGAAUGUCCAUUAAGUAUAAUUUCCUGUCCAUAUGCGCGUAUGGGCUGUCAAACAAAGAUCCAACGACAAGCAGUGGCAUCUCAUCUAGAAUCUGCCACAAGAGUCCAUCUUGACAUAGUUAGUAUCAAGUUGUGUGAAACGGAAGUGAAGUUAGGGUACACAGAUAUCAAGCUGAAUAACACAGAGACUGUGUUGUCUAAUACAAAAUCGGAGCUGAAGGAAGCCAUGAGAUUAUUGCACACAACAACAUUUAUUUGGAAGAUUGACGAUUACAGUGAAGCACUGAGACAAGCUAAGAUCGGAAGGAAAAGAACAUUAUACAGUGAUCCAUUCCACACAAAAACUGGAACAGAUAGUUAUGGCUAUAAGAUGAAAGUGCUUAUUUAUCCCAAUGGUGAUAGAGCUACCAAUGAUAAAUACCUGUCUGUGUUUAUCAAAGUUAUGAAAGGUGAAUAUGACGCCAUAUUACCAUGGCCCUUUAAGAAGAAAGUGAAGUUCGAAUUGAUUGAUCAACAGGAAGAUCCUGCCCAACAGGAAAACGUUACUGAAGAGAUCAGUUGGAGUCAUAGUCGAGCCUUUUCCAGGCCCACAGAAGAAGGAAACCCAGGGAGGGGUUUUGCACGGUUUGUAAGUCAUACGAAACUUAAUACAAGGCAAUACAUCGUGGAUGACACUCUAUUUCUUCGGGUUACGAUUAGCUCACCAACUAAUUGA